UAUAUAAACAAACACGUCCUCAUAGUAGCCAGCAUGUCCACCAGCUCUUCAAGACAUCGGCCUUGACUUCACCACUAUGGCAGAUCUCCAAAACCUCAAGACAAUGCUGGAGCGCACAGCGCACCAUCGUCCAUGGCUUGUCGCUACGACUUGUGGAGCUACAGCUCUAGUAACGUUCGCAGCAUGGUGUAUCAAAGACUACCGCGAUUAUCUUGCCCUCGGCCCUGGCGGUCCUCCUUACAACGUGAAGGGAUGGGCGUGGAUCACCUUUGGCAUCCGCCCCUUUGCGUUGAGUAAGUCUGGUGCUACUUAUGUUGCCGAUUAUCCUACAGAAGGAAGCCAUCCAGAGAUCAAGAGCCUCCCUCGCCGUAAAGGAGAGCGAGCAAUCCUUGGAGGAAUCGCUCCUCAUCGGCAGUUAUCACAGCAUGCGCCCAAGCAAAUGAGAACCUACAUCGAGAACCUUUUUGCCAACGCCGCACGACAACACCCUUCGAUCCUCGAGACCAAGAAGUCAUUAUACGAACGCCAUCACGACGCCCUCUUCGUAUCGCAAGAACUGCUCGAGUCACGGUCCGGAAUCCUUCCCAAGACAGCGAUCAUCGCUCGAGGAGAACUCGGACAUGGGCACCCUGAUCUAUCGGUCCAUCUAUACCUCUCACCAGCAGACGCUCGCGUCAUCAUUGAGAAGGGCUGGGGAGAGAGACAUAGGCUCUCGGUUCCUGAGACCUCAUGGGUCAAGAACAAAUACGCUAUUGCUAGUACAUACUUGAUGAUCUAUGGACCUCGCGAUGAGAAGGAGAUGGAGGUUUUGAGGGUCAUUCUUGAGAAUAGUAUUCGCUUCAUGACUGGUCAAGAUCAAGUGGAGCAUGUUCAGUGGAAGGAAUGUGUGUAGAAGGGAUUGUCCGUCACUUUGUCACAUAUAGAAACAACAGGGGAAGAUCGUUGAGUUUAAGUAUCCAAUUGACUGCUUUGCUUCUCCGUUAGUACAUUAAGACUUAACGCUGG